CUUCACCGAACUUUUGACACCCGAGCAGCGUACUCUACAACCCAGCUACCUCCUCGCACAGGCAGGCAGAUACACCCGCCAUAACCAACUAGAACAGCAAUAGUUACAAUGCCGCCAAAGAAAGACGUCAAGAACGCUAAACCCUCCGUUCAGAAGGUGGUUCAGGACAAGGCAAGCCCCCAGCAGAAAAAAGGAGGAAAAGCCCAAAAACAGAUAGCCCAGUUAGCCUCACAAGCAUCCGCGUCCGGCACUCCUGAGCAGAAACGCAAAGAAGCAGAAAAAGCCCAGCGCGAAGCGGAGAAGAAAGCGGCCGAGGCAGCAAAGAAGGAAGUCGCCGAACUUUUCAAACCUGUACAAACCCAGAAGGUUCCCUUCGGUGUGGACCCCAAGAGUGUGCUGUGCGUCUACUACAAGAACGGCAACUGCGAGAAGGGUCGUAAAUGCAAGUUCUCUCAUGACCUGAGUAUUGAGCGCAAGUCACAAAAGAAGAACCUUUAUGAAGAUUCCCGAGGGGAGGAGGCCGAGGAUGAGAAGAAGAAGGAAGAGACGAGUGAUAACUGGGAUGAGGAGAAACUACGCAGUGUUGUUUUGAGUAAACAUGGGAAUCCGAAGACUACUACUGAUAAGGUUUGCAAGCACUUUAUUGAGGCAGUGGAAAACGGAAAGUAUGGGUGGUUCUGGCAAUGUCCAAAUGGCGGUAAUGAUUGCAAAUAUAAACAUUCGUUGCCUCCAGGCUUCGUCCUAAAGACGAAGGAGCAGAGGGCUGCGGAAAAAGCAUUGAUGGAUAAGUCUCCUCUGGCGACACUUACGUUGGAAGACUUCUUAGAAGCUCGACGGCAUGAACUCACCGGUGCACUGACCCCUGUAACCGAAGAGACCUUCAAAAAAUGGAAAUCCGAACGCAUGUCCAAGAAGGAAGCUGAGGAGGAAGCCCGAAGGGCAAAGGAAGCGACCGGAAGGGCACUAUUCGAGAAGGGCGACUGGAGGAACGGCAGCGAAGACGAGGAAUCCUCUGGCGAGGAUGACGGCGCCUUCGACCUCAAUGCACUGCGUCAAGAAACUCAAGCUCUCGAAGGCGAAGGCGAUAGCAAUCUGAAGCGCUAUGGAAGUACCUGAAUCACAUAAAUGCCAUCUUUCCUUGUCGGAUGCUCUGUAGAUGGAUGUUUCUUUUUUUUUUUUGUCCGGCAUUGCGCCUGCGUUUAAAAGAAAAUUUCCUUGUUCAUGAGGCUGGGUGGGUGGGUUUGUUCUGCAUUUACGAGGUGCCUUACCUUUCAUUUUUUACUUUCUUUCAUUUUUUCAUUUUUGAUUCCAUGGCGGGGUUGGGGUGGUCUUGGAGGGGAAGUGAGGAGUUGUAGAUGCCUGAAGAGGGGUUGAUAAAAAUAGGUCGCAUUAUUUUCUUUCCUCUUUCUGAUAAUACGAUAAUUCGCCCUAUAA